AUGGGGCUGCAUGAAGUCUUCACCUCCACCUCACUGGAGCUGCAAGGGAUCCAUGCAGUCCGUUGGCUUUCGCGGGGCGACGCAGUGCUCAGGCUCGUCGCCAUCCUUCCGGCUCUCAUCGUGAUGUUGAAGGAGUGGGACGCGACGCUCUAUGCGCUGGUGACGAGCUACAGGUUUCAUUUCCUCCUGUUUUUCAUUGCAGAUGUGCUUGAGCAGCUGAACAUACUCAACAGGGCAUUCCAGCACAAGGAGCUUGAUUAUGCCAGCGUGCAUGCGCAGAUCAAGCGUACAACAUCCCACAUCGAGAGCCGCUACGUCGACUGCGGAGACGAUUUCGGAGGCGGCGUCAGCGAGCUGCUGUCCCCCUUCAUCGCGCGCCAUGGGCCUGGAGGAAACCGGGAGGUGAAGGUUGAAGGGAUUGAUUCGGACAGCCGACCAGCACGCUUCAAAUUCGUGCUGCACGAGGACGAGCUUGAGGAGUUCGAAGGGCCCGGCACCCACGAUGGCUGUGUGGAGGUUUGCACAGAGUUCGCCGAGGUGAUCGUGCACCAACUGGAGCACCGGCUUGGCGACCUGAACGGGAUGUCCGGCGCUAGGCUCUUCACCCCCGAUGAGUGCCCGCUGGAGCGUGGAGAGAGGAACCGCAGGUGCCUCGAGUGGCUUCAGUCGCUUGUCACGCUGUUCAAGGCCGACCUGACGGAUGAGAUCCUGCCAGCACUGCUUAACCACCUGCUGCAGUACCCUGCCUUCUCCUCUCCCUCUACGGGCUUCGCUUCGGACGCUGCUGGAGAUGCUUAUAGCGGGUAUGUGACUGGUGGUGGUGGUGGUGGUGGUGGUGGUGGUGAGGGCAAGGAGGAUGUUUUUGGUGCUGCCACGUGGCGUCGCCUGGGGCUGCCACGUGGCAUGCUGGAGCAGUUUUAUGACCGGCAGCAGAAGCUGGUGCUGGUGAAGCUGUGCACGAGUGUGAGUGGACGAGCGGCUAGGAGCGCUGGUAAAAGUGUGACUAAAAGCGCAGCUAGGAGUGCUGCUAAAAGUGGGACUAACGCGACGUCAGAUGGAGAGUAUGGCAAGGGGAAAAGGAAGGGGAGUAUGAGUGAAGGGGGGGUUGGGGAUUUCGUGGUUAAAAAGGAGGAGGGAGCAGAUAGUGAGGUGGGCGCUGGGGAAGGGGUGAGGGAAGAGGUGGGGGAAGAGGAGGUGGGGGAAGAGGAGGUGGGGGAAGAGGUGGGAGAGAAAGAAACUGAGAAAAGGGAAGAAUGGGAGGAGCGUUUUAAAAAGGUAGGCGGAGAGAAUGGGACAGGGGGGGAGGAGGAGGAGGAGGAGGAGGAGGAGGAGGAGGAGGAGGAGGAGGAGGAGGAGGAGGAGGAGGAGGAGGAGGAGGAGGAGGAGGAAGAGGAGGAAGAGGAGGAAGAUGAAGAGGAGGAAGAAGGGGAGGAGGAGGAAGAGGGGAAGAAGGAGGAGGAGGAGGAGGAGGAGGAGGAGGAGGAGGAGGAGGAGGAGGAGGAGGAGGAGGAGGAGGAGGAGGAGGAAGAAGAAGAAGAGGAAGAGGAGGAGGAGGGUGGCAUGGAGGCAGCGGUGCAGAAGGCGUGGUUGCUGUUAUUUACAGCGUGCCACGUGGUGGUAUGUGUCAGCCCCUCGCCCCUCUUCCACCCGCACCUGCUGCGCUCCUUCCGCUCCCUGCAGCGCGCCAAGCUCGCCCUGCUGCCGCGCCUGCUGCUGCCCCACCCACCGAGGGAGACACUGCCAAAGCAUCCGACGACGCCAGAGCACUGCGAGGAGAAUCAGCUGCUGCAAGAGCUGCCCCAGCCUGUGCUGGAUGCAGCGCUGCUGCUGCCAGCCCUUCCCCCAGACAUGCUCCUGCGCCAACCUUCCCCUCAUGCUGCUCCCACCACAAGCAGCAGCACCCCUACCACCACCACUACCACCACUGGCAGCAGUAGCAACAGCAACAGCAGCAGCAGCGUGAACGGUGAGCAUCACCCCCAGGGCCAGGAGGAGGCGUGCAGGCUGCAGCUGCUGCCCGGGUUCGCCACGCCCUGCCUGCUCUUCGCCUUCCCCGUCCCCUUCGCCUCCGCUCAGGCUGCUCUCGCCGUGACUCACACCGCAGGAGGAGGGGGGAAGGGCGAGGGAGGAGGCAAGGAUGGUGGGGCUGGGGGCAGGGAGGCGGCUGCUGUAGCAGCAGCAGGAGGAGGAGGAUCAGCCACUGGUGCUGCUGCUGCUUUGGCCGGGCCUGCUGGUGCUUCCGGUGCUGUUGGUGCUGCUGGUGCUUCUACUGUUGGUACCAGUGCGGCCAGUGACGCGAGUCCACCUGUCAUGUCGCCAUUGGUCAUCCGUCGCCGCAUGCAAUCCGCCCUGGAGUCGCAGAUCAGAUCACUGCUCAAGCGCUGCCGCCCGGUGGCCUCUGCUGUGGACGUACACGUGGCAGGCCCCCGUUGGCUGAGGCAAUGGACGGCCAUGAUGAAGAGUGGAGCACUGAGCCAGAUGAAAGAUGCGGAAGGAGCAGCAGCAGCGCCACCAGCAGCAGCAGCAGCAGCAGCAGCAGCACCACCAUCAUUAGCAGAAGAUGCAACACUGGCAGCAGCGGUGGCAGCAGCAGCGUCCCCUCUGUUCGUGCUGGACCCCUCUCGCUGUGCUCUCGUCAUUCACCACUCUGCUCUCUCCAACCAACGCGGCCUCUCCACUGCUACUGACGCCCUCAUGGCUGCACAACUGGGCGACAAUCCGGGCGGCGGUUUGGGCGGCAGUCUGGGCGGCAUGGGACAAGAACUGGGCGGCAAGGGAUUGAACGCGAGCGUGGCAUUGCAGCAGCAAGGCCUUCCUCUCUCCUUCUCCCUCCUCUCCCCGUCCUUCUCAUCCCUCGCGCCCUUCUCCCCCGUGCUUCUCAACCCGCCAGCACCGCUCUCCACCGCACCGCAAUCCCACGUACCCUCCACCCUCACAUCAGCCCUCUCAGCAGCACCACUUUCCUCCUCAUCAGAGCUAGCAGAGUCAGCAGCGGGGUCGAUCUGGGACUUUAUUGUGGGGCAGAGGGAGGUGAUGGAGGCUCGAUGGAAGGCCGCUCAGCCCCUCCCAGGGAGAGGCGUUGGUUCUGCCAGUGUUGGGGGCAGAGGGGGAAGUGGCGGCAGGGACGGCAGCGGUACCGCCUUAUUGUCCCUUGCUCCAGCCGCAGCUGUGCCAGCUGGUUCGGGUGCAGCAGCAGGAGGAGGAGGAGAAGGAGAAGGAGCAGGAGAAGGAGGAAAUGAAGGGGCGGAUGUGGAAGCAGGGCCAGUGGCAGGGGCAGCAGCAGCUGUAGGGGCAGGGGCAGGGGGGGGGAGAGGGGGCAUGAGGGGGAGGGGAGGGUGGGCGGGGGCGCUGGGGCUGACAAGAGGAGGCGGGGGAGCAAGAGGGCGCAUGGGGGGGGCCGUAGGGGGAUCUGCAGGCGGAGUGGGGGGAGGGGGGCUACCGUGGGAGCUACCAGAUUUUGACACGUGGCAGGCUGGGUGUGAGAGGGUGGCUCGUGUGGUGUGUGAGUGGAGAGGGGAAAGGGAUCAGGGUUCUGGUCAGAGGGUGGACGGAGGGUUCCAAGGGGAUGCAAAGGAGUUUGGUGCGGUGCUGACCGCGUUUGGUUAUUCUGGCAGAGGUGCUGGUAGCAGUAGGAAGAGGGACGUGCAAGGAAGAGGAAGAGGGGGAGGAAGAGGAGGAGGGAGAGAAGGAGGGAGAGGAGGAGGAAGAGGAGGAGGGAGAGGAGGAGGAGGAGGAGGAGGAGGACAAGGAAGGGUGGGUGUAUCGGCAACACCAUCACUACAAUCAUCAACAGCAGCAGCAGUGCUCACGCCAUCCCAACCACCCCUCACGCACACGCACAUGCACAGCGACCAAUCAGAUUCAUCCAGCUCCCGUGCAGCGCGCUUCUCCUCCUUGCUCUGCCGCACUGCCCUCACCCGCGCCCUCCACACGUACCGCAGGGGCCUCGGGCAGCUCUACACUGCCCGUGUGCACCAAACACACUUCUGGGCAGCCGUGAAAGUUUUCGCGGAGGCCGCCCGAGGACCUGCCCGGGGGGAGUGCUUCGAGCUGCUGAAGCGGCAAUGUUAUGAGCACUGGGUGGGGAAGGGAGUGGGCGGAGUGGGAGGAGUGGGCCGAGUGGGAGGAGGGAGGCAGCAGUGUGAGGCGGUGUCUGCCUUGGGAUUAUCAUGCUGGUUACCGUUAGGGCAUGAGAGGUGGGGGGUGGCAGCGAGGGAGGGGGUGCAUGGGAGUGCAAGGAAGGCAGGGGAAGCAGGGGAAGCAGGGGAAGCAGGGGAAGCAGGGGAAGCAGGGGAAGCAGGGGAAGCAGGGCAAGCAGGGGAAGCAGGGCAAGCAGGGGAAGCAGGGCAAGCAGGGGAAGCAGGGCAAGCAGGGGAAGCAGGGCAAGCAGGGCAAGCAGGGCAACGGGAACACAGUGGUGCAGCUUUCUUCGAGGGCAGAGCGAGCAGGUGUGGGAGUGGGGCGAGCAGGCAUGAGAGCGGGGCAGUGCCGCUGUGUGCGUGUGUCUGUGGCAGCACCCAAGCUCUUCUCUGUGACCCCUUCCUCCCUACGCCCCUCUCCUCCUUCUCGCUCUCCUCCCUCCUCCGCCCAUCUCUCCCCUGCUGCGACCUGCUCUGGUCCAUUCCUCUUGACCAGACGAGCUGGGGAGAAGCAAAGGCGAACAGGCAAAGCUCUAAAGCUGGCGAGACGGAAUCUCAAUGGAGAGAGGACGUGCAGAGGAGAGAGCGGAAGGGGGGUGAGGGGUUGGAAUUUGAGUGGGGUGUUACUGUUCUGGGCAGUAGGAAUUGGUACGAUCCAAUUAAGGGGGUCCAGCAGGAGGGAUUUCUGCCCGGGCGAAACUUUCUUCUGCCCUGGGCAGUUCAGCUGCCGGCGAUCUAUGUGGCGGAUGAGGGAGGCUGGGGUGCGGGCAGCAGCAGUGGGGCAGGAAAGGAAAGCGGGUUGGUGGGUGUGGAGGGAGGGACGAGGGGAGGUGGAGGAUUGGGAGAUGGAGGAGAGGGAGGUGGAGGGAAAGAGGGGGAGGUGAGGGGGGGGGGUUGGGAGGGAGAGAGUGACAGCAGAGGAGAAGGAGGGGAGGGAGGAGAGGGAGGAGAGGCAGGAGAAAGAGGGGGUGAAGGGGAGGGAUGUAAAGUGCCAGGGGUUAUGGAAGCUGCUGCGUCGAAGGGGUUGGGAGGUGGGCGUGGGGCGGUGGCCGAGACUCGCUAUUGCAUGGCUCGAUACAGUGUAGGGGAUGCUGGCGUUAUUGCUGCACUAGAAGAGGGGGCUAAGGUGGUGGUUGCAGAAAGGGAGUGGCAGCAGGGGCAGGGAGGGCAGGGCGUGCAGCAGGAAACAGAGGGGGAGGUGGAUGCACGGGCAGAGGAUGGGGGGAAGAAGGAGGUGGGGGCAGGGGCAGGGGCAGGGGCAGGGGCAGGUGCAGGAGCAGGGGCAGGAGCAGGGGCAAAAGCAGCAGCUGCGGUAGGGACAGGGGCAGCGGCAGCGUUACGUGCUCGUGAGGUGCAGCCUCCCACCUCUUUUGCCCGUGUUGCCGCCAUUGCAGGGGGAGCAGGUAGGCAAGCAGCAGCAGUGAACACUGCCGAGAUGGCAUUCCCUCCCCUCUCUGCCUCUGUGCAUGGCGCAGCAGCACCUCAUGGGGUGACAGCAGGGCAUGGCGCAGCCACUGCAGCGCAUGGGGCUGACAAGGGCCUCGAAUACGCUUGCUCUGCCGGCCACCGCUUCUUUGCUGCCCCGCCCCUAUCCGCCCGAAGCAGCGGGGCAGAGGGAUUGAUUGGAGGUGAGAAGGACUGGGUUGGGGAGUGGGUUGGGAGGGACCAGUCUCUGGUGGUGGGGUGCCCUGCGUGUGAGGCGGUGAGAGAGCGUGGUGUGCGGAGUGUUACUGUGAAGGGGGAGGAGGUGAUGUUGGGGAGGGAUGAGAGAGUGGAGGGGGAAGGGGAGGGGAGUGGGGAGGAGGAGGAGGAGGAGGAGGAGGAGGAGGAGGAGGAGGAGGAGGAGGAGGAGGAGGAGGAGGAGGAGGAGGAGGGAGGGGAGGAGGGGGAAGGGGAGGAGGAGGAGGGAGAGGAGGGGGGAAGGGAAUCGAAUACGAAACGGGUGGGAAGAGCGAUUGUUAAACAGGAGGAGAGAGAAGAGGAAGUAGGAUUGGGAGAAGCAAAGGCCUCGACUGCUGGUGAUGGUGAUGCGAGCAGCAGUGGCGGGACGGGAGAGGGGAGUGAGAGGCAAGAUGGGAAGACAAUUGGAGAUGUGGGAGGGAAAGGAGCAGCGAGGGGAGAGGGCAGCAAGGAGAGAGGGUCAAGUGGGGGCAAGUGGGGCCACAGGAAGCGGUUCUUCCCAGCAACUGCUGCUACUCUGCAGCGCAUCUAUGUGGUGACUCCCAACCAUGCGCUCCUCUUCGCAUCCUGCCCCGCUCUCAUCCUCCCUCCCUCCACUCCUACUACCACCAGCACUACCACCACCAGCACUACUGCCACCAGCAGCAACAGCAGCAGCAGCAACACGAGGAGGGCGAGGGGAGGGUGGAGAGCAGUAAAACUGGCCGGCUUUUCUGCCCGCCCCUCUCUGCUGUGUGGCGUGGCGUCUCUCCCAUGCACGGAUGCACGCCCCCCACCAAAGGCAGCCGCAGCCAUCCUGGGUGGCACGGUGCUGCCUCACUGCAUGGAGGCAUGCACUGCACGCCCCCUCACUGCCACUGCACUGCCUGCAUCAGCUGCGAAGGCUGCAUCAGGGUCCACACCAGUCAUCUACUCUGCCGCUGCCUUGCUGAGUGCAGGCAGUCCCAUGCAGGGCAAGGUGCAGGGUAAAGCGCUCUUUGUCUAUCCACCCACUUUCGCAUCUUGCCGUUACGCCUCUGCGAGUGGCUUUGGGGGCGGCUGCUCCGUGCACGUCUUUCUGUGGCCGGGGCACGGCCGCUCUGCCGUCCUUUCGGUAAAGCCUUUCCCCUGCUAG